CAGAAUCAGCUUCUCCCUUGUGGAACUACUGAGGAUCAGUUAGUGCAACCAUGAAGGUCACUUUCUUUGAGGACAGGAACUUCCAGGGUCGCUCUUAUGAGUGUAUGAGCGACUGUGGUGACUUCUCCUCCUACAUGAACCGCUGUCACUCUUGCAGAGUGGAGAGUGGAUGCUGGAUGAUGUAUGAUCAUCCCAACUACAUGGGAAAUCAGUAUUUCUUUAGGAGGGGCGAAUAUGCUGAUUACAUGUCUAUGUUUGGAAUGAACAACUGCAUCAGGUCCUGCCGUAUGAUCCCUAUGUACAAGGGAUCCUACAGAAUGAGGAUCUACGAGAGGGAGAACUUCAUGGGUCAGAUGUACGAAAUGAUGGAUGAUUGUGACAGCAUCAUGGACCGUUAUCGAAUGUCUCAAUGCCAGUCCUGUCAUGUGAUGGACGGCCACUGGCUCUUCUAUGAGCAGCCCCACUACAGAGGCAGGAUGUGGUACUUCAGGCCUGGAGAGUACAGGAGCUUCAGCAAUAUGGGUGGCAUGAGAUUCAUGAGCAUGAGGCGUAUCAUGGACUCCUGGUACUAGUUUUCUAGCAUUUCCUAAAUUGUUAAUAAAAUUAUUUCUCUACAAUACUAUGUGCCUGUAAAAUCAUUACUGCCACUAAUAUUUGCAUGUCUAAUCAAUCACAAAACAUAAUUACUUUCAGUUUAAACAUUAGGCUUAUAAGACUACACUCAAAAAGAAAGAAAAAAGAAAGAAAAAAAUGCUG